AGCCUCCAGACGUCGACUGUGCGCGUCAAAGGAGGUGUCAUUUCCUCUCCUCCUCAACAUCUUCCUACUCUUCCGAGGGAUGUGUCUGCGUGCGGCGCACCUGUUUUAUGUAUUAUCAACCGCUGAGAUGCUCCGCUUUUACCAGUGCCAUCAGUAGCCACACAAACAGCUUUAAGCGACCUCUACGGUGGUUCCCGAGAGGCCUCGGUUCACUGUGACUCCACGUUUGCUAGACUAGCGUUAUGUGUUGAUGUGUUUUUUCUCUUUCGGGGUGCAGCAGUGAGACAGCAUCUUUUACCGGGUGACGCGUCAUUUAUCUGCACGAGUGGACAAGGACACCAUGUCGGACAAAAGUGACUUAAAAGCAGAGCUGGAGCGCAAGAAGCAGCGCCUCGCCCAAAUCAGACAGGAAAAAAAGAUAAAGGAGGAGGAGAGGAAGAAGAAAGAGUCAGAGAGCCAGCAGAAGAGAGAGGCCACCCCAGAGGAUUCAGACUUGGACCGAAAGCGCAGGGAGACUGAGGCCCUGCUGCAGAGUAUUGGCAUCUCACCGGAGCCUCCACUCGUCCCGACCCCUGUGUCACCCUCCAAAUCAGUGAGCACACCUAGUGAGACGGGGAGCCAGGAUUCAACUGAAGGAGGAGGAGCAGCAGGCAGAUUUUACAAAUUGGAUUUUACAAAUUGGUCAUGUAUCUCUAAAAACAAGUCCCAAGCACAGAGCUCAAGGACGCUGCAGUGGGACACAGACCCCUCUGUGCUGCAGCUGCAGGCUGAUUCUGAGCUUGGGCGCAGGAUGCAGAGGCUGGGAGCCUGUAAGAUCACACAGGUAGACUUCCUUCCCAAGGAGGUGAUGGCUUACUGCAAGGAGACACAGACGCCUCUCACCGCCAACCUGUCUGAAGUGGAGGAGGAAGAUGAGGAUGAAGAGAUGCUGGAGGUGAAGCCAGGCCCUGAAUCUGAUCAGCAGGAUGAAGAUGACAACAGGGAAAACAAAGAAGGCUCCUUUCCAGUGCAGCGGGAACUGACAGAGGAGGAGAGGCAGCAGAUCCUGCACUCCUCUGAGUUUCAGAGUUUCUUCGACGGCAGCAUCCGGGUGAUGGAGAGAGCUCUGGCCGAAGAGAGCGACAUCUUCUUUGACUACAGCGGCCGGGACCUGGAGGACAAAGAGGGAGAGUCGGGGAGCGGCUCCAGUCUGUCCUUAAGUAGACUCUUCUACGACGAACACUGGUCGAAACAUCGCGUGGUCACCUGCCUGGAUUGGUCCCUCCAGUAUCCUGAGUUGCUCGUCGCCUCCUAUAACAACAAUGAAGAUGCUCCUCAUGAACCGGAUGGUGUUGCGCUCGUAUGGAACAUGAAAUUUAAGAAGGCCACACCAGAAUACAUCUUUCACUGUCAGUCUCCCGUAGUAUCGGUGGGCUUCGCCAGGUUUCAUCCCAACCUGGUUGUUGGGGGGACUUACUCGGGACAAAUUGUCCUAUGGGACAACCGCAGUCACCGUCGGACCCCCGUCCAGAGGACUCCUCUGUCUGCUGCUGCUCACACUCACCCAGUGUACUGCGUGAACGUGGUCGGCACACAGAAUGCCAACAACCUGAUCACUGUGUCGACAGACGGCAGGAUGUGCUCCUGGAGCCUGGACAUGCUGUCCCAGCCACAGGAGACCAUGGAACUGGUGUACAAUAAAUCCAAACCUGUGGCGGUGACAGGCAUGGCUUUUCCCACGGGAGACGUGAACAACUAUGUGGUUGGGAGUGAGGAGGGCACUGUGUACACUGCAUCCAGACACGGCAGCAAGGCGGGUAUCUGUGAGAUGUUCGAGGGCCACCAGGGGCCGGUGACGGGCGUCAGCUGCCACGGCGCAGUGGGCACCGUCGACUUCUCCCACCUCUUCAUCACAUCCUCCUUCGACUGGACCGUCAAACUCUGGAGCACCAAGCACAACAAGCCUCUGUACUCGUUUGAGGACAACGCCGACUAUGUGUAUGACGUCAUGUGGUCGCCCGUACACCCUGCAGUCUUCGCCGCUGUGGACGGCAUGGGCCGCUUAGACCUGUGGAACCUCAACAACGACACUGAGGUACCAACGACCAGUGUGACCAUCGAGGGCGCUUCGGCCCUCAACCGGGUACGCUGGUCGUCGGGGGGGAAGGAGGUGGCCGUGGGUGACUCGGAAGGCCGAAUCUGGAUCUACGAUACCGGAGAGCUGUCAGUGACUCACCUUGACGACUGGUCGCGCUUCGCUCGUACCCUGAUGGAGAUCCGUGCCAACCGAGCAGACGGCGAGGAGGAGGGGCUUAUGGAGCUGGCUUCAUAGAACCGGACUACAAACCAAAGAGGAGGGAAUUCCAGACCAGAGGGGUGUACUAUGAGGCGAAAUUAAAAGGGUUCGCGAGGUAUGUUGAGCCUAAAGUCAGAGCCUUGAAUGUCAUGACCGUGGCUCUAUUUCAACCUGGCUAGAUUGCCAUGGUGAUUUAUGAUGGCAACUUAAUCUGCUAUGGAGGAGAAAGUUUUGGAUUCGAAUCAGCAAGUCGAAAGCGCCGCCCUUUCACAUUUCAACUCUUUCGGAAAUGGUGUUCUCCCCAUUCUUGCAAAGUCCCGUGGACCUCGGGCCCACAAUGUGACGAGCUCCUCGUCGUUGGGAGAGAGUUUAGAGACGGAUCAGAUCCGCUGGCUUUUCCUGAUGAUAUCAUGCGUUAAAGAUUCUCAGCUGCGGGAAUACGUUACAUAUCCAUAUGCAAACUCUGUGAGCCGUAUGUUAGUUUUGCCACCGAACAAGCUGCGCAAAGUACCCUCACGAGGAACCUACGAGACAAUCCAAGCGAGAAUACCGAAUUCAACAUAAACAGGCUGUUUCUCUCUGAACUCCUGAAUAUGUUCGCCGUGUUCUCUGGCGUUUUUGCCCACGCUGACUAUAAAAGAAGCUCUUUAUACAAUCCCAGAUUGCAUACAUUGACUGUUCAUUAUAACCAUUAUGAGGUCUACUUGCAGACCAGAUGAAGUAUAAUUCCUCUCCAGGAUUGCCAGUGGUCAUAAGUGUAGUAGAUUGCACACAGCCAUCCCUGGAGCCUGGAGAGGACAUGAGGGUGAUUUUGAACAGAAGGUCCUUUCAUGUCAGCCAUUGUGAAGUCUGGUGGAGCCGCCCCCCCCCCCCCCCCCCCGGUCUUGCUCGUCCCAUUUUCGUGCGCCCGUUUGCUUCAGGUAAUAAUUGCACGCAGCAUAUCACCCAUACAGCCAAAAGAACUAUAACGGCACAAAAAACCCAGAACAUGCCACUGUGAAUCAUGUCGGUAAUGCUGGUUCCUGAUUCGCUGCUGCUCCGCUUUACGCUGCGAUCCAUUCUAACGACCCAGUUCCUCUCGCCUGAAGGAGGCGGCGCGCUAUCGAUCCAUUUUGUGCUGAAGACUCAGAAGCACACAGAGCCUGAUGAAGAAGACCCGGGAUAACAAAGACAGCUGAUAACCAUCAGCAUGAUGCCCAUUAGCUCUGGUUGGGGUUUUAGGUUUUGACGAGUGGCAAAGAGAGCCUGGUGUUGAAGUGACUUCCUAGUACACUUCCUAGUACACUUCCUAGUCCACUUCCUAGUACACCCAUCUGGUGCGCUGUUAUCGGUGGCACUGUAGCAUGUGUGUCUCAAUCGGUUUGUUUUAGUUUGUUCACCUUUAUGUUCAUGUUGCGUCUUGUCCAAACUAGGCCACCUUUUGGUUCGUAUUCUCCUUCUCUCAUGUUAAUGCAAACUGCUGACGGUUGAACUCUUGACCUCUACUGAUUGGUCCACUCUUAUUUCCUUCUUCAGUGAAUUACGGUGAUUUGUCGCUUGCAACCCGCGAGCCCUUAAAGCCUCGCGGUGAUAUCUGUCCUGUGACUUUGCACUCGCGUGACGAUGAUGCAGGGUCCAUAGACUAGUCAUGUAUAGUUUACAUGUUCACGUUAUGUUGUGCUUCUUCUCUCUGUCCUCUGCCUGCAUGCGACACAUUCCUGAGAUCUAGCAGACACAGACACACGGAGUUACCGUGGUGACGUUUCCACGCGUGGGGCUUUGUGGCUGCUCUGUGUUUCAGGGUGGCAGCAAGUGUGGUGUUGGCACUUUGUCUUUUGUUCAGAAAGAGGACAACUGUAUAUUCUUUAAUGAACAGAUAUUUAUCCAGAGAUUUAUUGUGAUGCAGAGUGCUGGCUGUGAAACCUGCUGUGUUUACUAUUAAAGCAUAGCUAAUGAA